CCGAGGAGAGGAGGGCUGUUGGUGUGAAGGGGGGGUUGUUGAAGGCAGGGAGUGGAGAGAGAGAGAGAGCAGGAGGAGGACAGCCAUUACCAUCCAGGACCGCCGCUCGCUCUUCCCUCUCCAGCCUCGAAUAACCGGCGGAGACGUUUGGAAGAAGAGAGGGAGCGGAAAGCGGGUCGGUGGAGGUGGAAACAUCCCUCCAUCUUUUCAUUCAUCCUUCGCUCCAGAGGAGAGGCAGCAGCGGAGGCAGCCGCGCCGGCCUCCCUCGCUCUGCGCUCGGACUAGAGGACCGCUGCUGCCCCGGUGAAGUGUUGAGGCGUGAUGGAGUCGUCAGAUGAUGAUACUCUGAGCGAACGCUCCUGCGUCAGCGAGCCGUCGUUCCGCACCGAGCGCUCUGGUGGUUCGCUGUCCCCGUGCACGUCGGGUCUGGUGGGGCCGCCGGGGGACACGCUGCCGUGGAAUCUGUCCAAGCACGAGAGGAGGAAACGGAAGAGCCAGGACUCGGUGCUGGACCCGGCGGAGAGGGCGGUGGUACGCGUCGCAGAUGAGCGGGACCGGGUGCAGAAGAAAACGUUCACAAAGUGGGUCAACAAGCAUCUCAUUAAGGUGAGGAAGCACAUCACAGACCUGUAUGAGGACCUGAGGGACGGACACAACCUCAUCUCCCUGCUGGAGGUCCUCUCUGGAGUCACUCUGCCCAGAGAAAAGGGACGGAUGAGAUUUCAUCGGCUGCAGAAUGUCCAGAUAGCGUUGGACUUCCUCAAACAGAGACAGGUCAAACUGGUGAAUAUCCGGAACGAUGACAUCACUGAUGGGAACCCGAAGCUGACGUUAGGACUCAUCUGGACCAUCAUUCUCCACUUCCAGAUCUCAGAGAUCUACGUCUGCGGCGAGUCCGCUGACCUCACAGCCAAAGAGAAGCUGCUGCUAUGGAGCCAGCAGGCCACCGAGGGCUACCCCGGCCUCCGCUGCACCAACUUCAGCUCGGCGUGGAGCGACGGCCGCAUGUUCAACGCGCUGCUGCACAGAUACAGGCCGGACCUCAUCAACAUGGAGGCCGUGGCCCGGCAGAGCAACCGGGAGAACCUGGAGCAGGCCUUCGAGAUCGCCGAGUCGCUGGGCGUGACCAGGCUGCUGGACGCCGAGGAUGUUGACGUUCCGUCUCCAGAUGAGAAGUCCGUCAUCACUUACGUCUCCUCCAUUUACGACGCUUUCCCAAAAAUCCCAGAGGGAGGAGAAGGCAUCGCCGCACAGGAAGUGGACCAGCGCUGGUCGGAGUACCAGUCUAGGUUCUCCUCUCUGCUCCAGUGGAGCCGCCAGCAAACGGCCCUCAUGGCCAAGAAGAACUUCCCACAGAACCCAGUAGAACUCAAGGCACUUUAUAACGAGUACAUCCAUUUCAAAGAGACGGAGAUCCCCAGCAAGGAGACGGAGAAGUCUCACAUCGAGCAUCUCUACAAGCUGCUGGAGGUCUGGAUCGAGUUCGGCCGGAUUAAGCUUCCUCCGGGCCUCCAUCCCAACGAUCUGGAGGAGGAGUGGGGCAAACUGAUCCUGGAGAUGCUGGAGCGGGAGAAGGCCCUGAGGCCGGCCGUGGAGAGAGUGGAGCUGCUGCUGCAGCGGGCCAAUAAGAUCCAGAACACGGCCGUGGACUGCGAGGAGAAACUCACCCUGGCUAAGAACACGCUGCAGGCUGACGCGUCCCGGGCCGAGAGCGGCGAGGCGGUGCAGUGCGAGGGAGAAAUGGCGUGUUACCUGCAGGACUGCGAGGCGCUGAUCCAGCAAAUCGAGCAGGACCUGAAAAUCCUACGAGAGGAAAAGUACUACCAGGUGGACCAGCUGGCCUUCAGAGUUAACUGCCUUCAGGAGGAGCUGGUCUCGCUCCGGCUGCAGUGCUCCAGCGUCUACAGGAAGGGCCACUUCUCUCAGUCCGUGGGGCCCACCGGCAUGGAGCCGCCCUGGCAGAGAGCCACAGACGGAGGCCUCUCUCUGGGUCAGACCCUGCUGGGAGCCGUGGGCGCCUUGGGGGCGGUUGGAGCCGCUCUCCUGCGGCGGCCGAUGGCGCGCUCUCAGCUGGUGGCCAUGUCGUCAUCAGAGGACGAAGGAAGCCUGAGGUUCAUCUACGAGCUGCUGGGAUGGGUGGAGGAGACGCAGGAGGUGCUGGAGGGAGCAGAAUGGGGCGCAGACCUCCCCUCUGUGGAGAACAACCUGCAAGAGCACAACAUCAUCCACACGGCUGUGGAGGAGCUGCUGAGCAGCCUGCAGGAGGCGCGCAGCUACGAGGCUAAAGUUUCUCCAAACUAUAAAGGAAGCUACUCAGAAACCCUGGCCAAACUGGAGUACCAGUACUGCAAGCUACUGGAACAUUCGUCAUGCCGCCUGCAGAGCCUGGAGAGUUUGCAUGCGUUUGUGUCCCGCUGCACCGAGGAGCUGAUCUGGCUCAACGAGCGCGAGGAAGAGGAGAUCUCCUUCGACUGGAGCGACGCCAACGCCAACAUGAGCGCCAAGCGGGAGCUGUACGAGGAGUUGAGGUUGGGAUUGGCAGAGAAACAGGAUGUGAUGUGUUCCAUCCAGGAAACGGCUGGCCGGCUCUGUCAGGAAAACCAUCCGGCCAAACAGACUGUGGAGGCCUACAGUGCAGCCCUGCAGACGCAGUGGCAGUGGGUGGAGCAGCUGUGUGUUUGUGUUGAGCAGCAUCUCAAAGACAACACCGCCUACUUCCAGUUCAUGAGCGACGCCAGGGACUGCGAGUCGUACCUGCGGCAGCUCCAGGAGACGAUAAAGAGACAGUACACCUGCGACAAGAACAGCCGGCUGAGCAAACUGGAGGACCUGCUGCAGGACUCCAUGGAGGAGAAGGAGCAGCUGAUUGAGUACCGCAGUACGGUGGCCAGCCUGGUGGGUCGGGCCAAGAGGGUGGUCCAGCUGCGGCCCCGCAGCGCAGAGAGUCCACUGGGUGGCGCUACACCCAUCAGAGCCAUCUGCGACUACAAACAGAUCGAGAUCACCAUCAACCGAGGCGAGGAGUGUGUGCUGGAGGACAACUCCCAGCGCACCAAGUGGAAGGUGAUCAGCCCUACUGGGAACGAAGCCAUGGUUCCCUCCGUGUGCUUCACCGUCCCUCCCCCCAACCAGGAGGCCAUCGACACGUCCAGCAGGGCGGAGCAGCUCUACCAGAAGGUGAUGUCUCUGUGGCAUCAGCUGCACGUGAACAUGAAGAGCGUGGUGACGUGGCACUACGUCCUCAAAGACAUCCGGUCCGUCUCCGGCUGGACUCUGGACUCCGUUCGCAGUCAGAGUCCAUCGGAGCGGCAGCAACUGCUGGACCACAUGGCGUCCCAGCUGGCCGACUUCCUGUCCGACAGCAGGGAGAGCUCGCUGUUCACGGCGGCCGAGAGACGGGAGCUGGAGCGGGACGCUCAGCAGGCGCAGCAGCACUGCCAGGACCUGCUGCUCCACAUGGAAACAGCGGAGAAAGACGAGUCGGUGUCGCGGUCGUACCUGUCGGAGCUGCAGGACGUCACGCUGCGUCUGGACGAGGCCGAGCGCCGGCUGACGAGAGCCAUCGAGACUCCGCCUCCCAGCCGGCUGUCCAGCGCCGGCGUGGACAACACGCUGCAGAUCGCAGAGCAAGAGAAGCUGCAGUCCGAGCUGGACUCGCUGCGCUGCGGUGUGGGCGACGUUUCGCGGCGCUGUGUCCGGUUCUUCGAGGAGAAGCCGUCGUCCUCCAGCGUUCCCGUCCUGCGCUCGCAGCUCAGCCAGGCCGUGGAGCGAACCGACAGGCUGCACAACCUGUCAGCGCUCUACCUGGAGAAGUUAAAAACGGUCGACGUUUUGAUGCGGAGCCUGGAUGAAGCGGAGAGCCAGGUCAGGAAGUACGAGAACAGACUGAGCGAGGAGGACAUCGUUCCCGCCGACACCGGCGCCAUCCAGAACCUCAGAGACCAGCUGGAGGUAAAAACUGAUCCAGACGCUUCACAGCUGCAGCUAACGAGGGGGAUUCUUGACCCGCUCAGUAGGCAACGCCUGGAUUUAGAGGAGAGCAUUCACAGGGACCUUCUCUCCCCUCGUUUGGCUCUGUUGGUUCUUGAGUCUCUUUGGACUUUUACAGGACUCCUUUGGCCUGAAUCUGGAGAGCUGAUGCCCAUUGCAGAGGCUCUUCAACAAGGGGUGAUAUCAGGUGAUCUAGCAAGAAACAUCUUAAGACAGAGACAUGCCGUUGGAGGGCUGUACAGUCCAGAAACCCUCAAAGUGUUACCCCUUAAUCAAGCUGCAGAAGAAGACCUUGAACCUGAUGUUGUAAGAUGUCUCAGAGACAUUCAUAUACCAGACGUUCUCUACAACAUGAACCAGUCUGGUACUCCAUCUCUAAACCGCCUGAGCUGGGGAUCGACUAGCUCCUCAUCUCCUACAAGCUUCAUGUGGGAAUCUUCCCCAACUGAUAGGGUCGAUCCUGAAGUUCAAGCCAAAGACAAGCUUCUCUUUCACCUCAUGACUCACAGCUAUGUGGACGUACAUUCUGGAAAAAGGCUGGUGCUCCUCGACCAAGAUCUGGUGCUUGUAGUUAAAGACUCUUGUUUUGCUGCAGGAGAGUCAAGUGAAGCUGAGUCAUCAAAUAAGUUGUCUGGAGAUAAACUGCAGACAUUGGGCAGUGGGGAAAAUGUUAGAAUGCCAAAUGAAGCAGAAGAACACUGCUCUGAUCUGGAAACUUCAGUAGAUAACCUUGAAAUGAUGAAUACAAGUGAUGGUGGAAAGGACAUCAGACUACCACAGAAGUUACCUGAAACCACAAACAGAGAUGGUCUUUCUGAUCCUGAACCUUCUGUUUACACAAAAGUACAUAAAGAAAAAGAAGGGCCCAGUUUGCAAAGUGAAAUGUUUUCAUGGAACUAUCAAGAAGGAAUAAAACACAAAGCUAAUGAUGAAGGUGGAACCAUUCCUCAACAUCUGAAGGUCAAAGAUACAAUUAUAAAAACAUCUUUUGAGGAAGGCAUUAAAAGUGGGACACAGCAGGAACAAAUGCCAAAAGUAAAAGAAAAUAAGCAGGUAAAUCUGAGAGAGGCUCAAGAAUUCAAAAGUACAAAAAGUUCUUCAGCCGAUUUAGCAAGUGUGUCUGAAACAGUCGUUGACUUCAAGGGAUCAGAGACUGUAGUUGAUGAACCAUUGAAGGAAGAGCGACAGGAGGACGCCGAGUUGGAGAGAUUAGUCCUGGAGCUCAAACAAGGAGGUCUGAUGACAGAGGAUGGAGAGAAGCUGCUGCCAGAUGAAGCAGUAGCUCAAGGUGUCCUUCCUGGUCAUACAGCAGUUAAGUUGAUGGCUCAAGCAGGCCUGUUUGGGGGAUUUCUAGAUGCCACCAGUGGGGAGUCGCUGAGCUUGGAGGAUGUGAUGCAGGAGGGCUUACUAGAUGAAGAUCUUAUGUGGGGUGUCCUGAAGUCAGAUAAAACCCUUGCUGGUGUUGUGGACAUAGAGAAAGGUCAGAUCUGUGGGGUGAGAGAUGCAGCUCGGGCUGGACUCAUUGAUCCCAACACUGCUGCUCGACUCCUAGAAGCCCAGGUUGCAUCUGGAGGGAUUAUUGACUUACGCAGGGAUAAGAAAGUCUCUGUCACUUUAGCAGCAAACCUGGGUCUAAUUGAAGAAGACCAAAGAGAAGAACUGAUUGCUCUUGAAAAGGCUUUCAAAGGAAAGGAUACAGACUCUGCAACAAGCCUCAGAAAGGCAAGUUUACAGCUGCAGAUGGAGGGUGUUGUCGACCCUGAAUCCAAGUCUACAGUUCCCUUAGAACAAGCAAUUAAGAAAGGCUUAAUUAGAUCUGAUGAGGCAUAUCAGGUGUUGGCAAGACAGGUGGCUGAAGGUGGCAUAAUCCACCAUACUUCAGGAAUGAGACUCUCUGUCUCUGAUGCGGUAGAUAGAGGACUAGUGGAUCGAUCUAUUGCUCCUGGGCUUGAGGAACUAGAAUGGAUCUAUCGAGGAAAAAUCAGUGCCUCAACCAAACCAGAAGCAAUUGCUUUCCAGGCAACAACUGGAGCUAUUUUGGAUCCUGACAAUGGAGUUAGGUUGACACUGACAGAAGCUGUCUCGAAGGGUCUUCUAGAUGACAAGAUGGCCACUGAAGUCAUGGCUUCUCCAGUGGUAACGCAGGGAACAAUUGACCCAAAAACUGCACAGAUUGUGCCUUAUUCAGAACUUGUGAGUCAGGGUAAGAUUGAUAUUGAAACAGGCAAGCGCUUCUUGGAGGUGAAGCCCUUCCAAGGUGUUCAAGAUAAGCAAACCUUGGAAACCCUGACCCUCCCUGAGGCUGUUGCUUUGAAGUGCGUUGAUCCAGUUCCAGCUGUAAGGUUGCUCCAAAGCCAGGCAGACACUGGUGGGAUCAUUGAUAUCUACACUGGAGAGAGGCUCCCACUGCCUGAAGCUUCUGCCAGAGGUUUGGUAAGUGGUGAUAUGGUCAAAGAAAUAGCCACCAACCAGUUUGUCAAAGGAGGUUUGGUUGAUCCAGCAACUGGACAGCGAGUGUCAGAUCUUAGCGAUGCCAUCACUUCCCGGCUGUUGACGAGAGACCUGGCUUUGGAGAUCCAGGCGACACUAAAGGAAAACUUUCCAGAUGAUCAUUUUACAACUGUUAUAGCCACUGGGCCAAGAACUGACAGUCAAGCAAGCAUGUCUGCUGCAAACAUUAGGAUGUCCUCAGGAUCUCCAUCUUCUGUUAGAGAUUUAGAAGUUACGCACAAUUAUGACGAGACGUUCAGAAGUGAAAUUUCAGAUCAGUCACUGUUGCAUCCUGAACAUGAGAUGGUUGCAGAAAUGGAGCCUGAACAGUCAAUGGAUCUGUUAUCCAAGUUUGCAUCUAAUGUUGAAAAAAGAAUCCAGCAAGCCAUUCAAGAGAUACUGCCACAAAAACUGGAUAAUCGCCAUCAACAAGAACCCAGUGACAAAAUGGAGACUGAGGGAAAACAAGGGGAGAACCCAACCAGAGGUUUUGUAAAAGAAUCCACUCAGGUAAUAAUCGAUCAUAGUGAAGAGGUCCAAAAAGAAGAUGGCCAGGAGACAGAAAAAGAUGAGUACAUGGAGUGUGGAUCCACUGAGGGCACAGUAAUGGUCCGUCGUGGGUCUGAAGAUGUGAAGCCAGAAGAAAUUAUAGUCGACAGAGAAACCGAAGAUCUCAGGUGCUUCCCUGGGUUUCCAGCAGGGAAUGAAGACCUUAAGUCUUUGCAGACCAAAAGCAGCACCGAUGUGGAGCAGUCAGAUCAAUUAUCUUCUUCUACAACUAAAGAUUCAGACAACAAGAGCAAAAAGAAGAGGAAGAGUAAAAAGAAGGCAAGAGGAAAAGAAGUAGAAACUGAAACUCAUCUUCCAGAGAUGAAACGUGAUCUUCAAACUCAUCACACCAGUCCAGAAACCAAAGAGAUCCCACAGGUUGCUCCUGUUACCACUGAAGAAAUCACAUUAGAUGUAAAUGUGCAGAAGUCAGACUCCUACCUUCCAAUUGCUACUGACCCUUCCUCUGACGAGAGAAUGGAAAGGACCGAAGAGAAAGUUGAGACUGAAAAUGUUUUGGUAGAUCAGGAGCAGGAAGCGGUUCUUCUUGAACCAAACACUGAGAUGGAGGAAGAUGUAACCAGGACAAUAUUAGGUAGAACUCCAGAGAAGGUUGACAUGAAGGUAGAGGAAGAGGAAUCAGCGAUGGAGCAGGAAGACGUUUCUCUUAAACCAAACACUGAGAUGGAGGAAGAUGAAGCUAAAACAGUGUUACUAAAGUUUUCACAAGAUGAUUCUAAGCAGGAAGAGGUAAAAAACGAAUCUUUGGAGAAGGCUUUGAUUGCUAGACAGCUGGAAGUGCCAGAGGUGCAGAAGAGCAUAGAAGCAGAAUCUCUGACAAAGUCUAGUCUUAAAGAGGAUGAAAAAGCAGCCUUGAUUCUGAAAGCUAAAGAGAGCAUUCUUAAGAAAGUGUUUGAGAAGGGAGUGAGUGAAAAACAGGCAGCCCAAGAGCUGGAAGUGCUGAGGAAGAAGAAGCAAAGUAAAACAGGCGAUAAGAAGACAGAAGGUGACGCUGACAGGAGAAGCUUUGCUUUACCGAAAGACUGCAAAGACCAAGUAACUGACAGAAAGGACCCCAUUGAGCUGCAGAGAACAUCUGGAGAAAUUCCUGCAGUUCAAGAGUCGCUUGGAGCAUCUUCAAGUGACAACAUCAGGACUAAACAGAAAGAUAUUGAGACUCUUCCAACAGUCUCAAAAAAUAAGAGAAGCAAGAGGAGCAAAAAGCUAAAACCAACUGGAGAUAAACCUGAGAUGGAGAAGGCACCCACAGAUCUGAAAGAUCCAAAAUACACCACAAAAUCUCCUGAACCGGAGUCUGACGGCACAGUUUUGAAGGAAUACUUGAAGGUGAGCACUGAUGAUGAUCAGGCAGUUGGUGCAGCUACCAAGGAAUCAAAGAGUCUAAAACCAACCAAAUAUCAGCUUGAGUUGGAGAAUGUACCACCAGAUGGAAAAAUGGGUUCUGGCCUGAAAGAUACAAAAAUUAUCUCAAAAUCUAAUGCAAAACAUCUGCCAGACAGCAGAAUUUUGUCUGAAGAUCUAAAUGUGAGCACUGAUACUGAUGAUCAGUCAAUUAGUGCAGCUGCCAAUAAGACAGAGAGUCUAAAACCAACUGAGAUGGAGAAGAUAACAUCACAUAUGAAAGAUCCAGAAAAUACGACAAUUUCAGUUGCAGAACUGAAGUCAGACGAAAUCGUUUUGACUGAAAACGUGAAGGUGAGCAUUGAUGAUCAGGCAGUUGGUGCAGCUACCACGAAGCCUAGAAGUCUGAAACCACCUGAAGAUCAGCCUGAAAUGGAGAAGGCAACUUCACAUCUGAAAGAUCCAAAAUCUGCAACAAAAUCAGCUGCAGAACCAGAAUUGGACAGCAUAGUUUUGACUGAAGACGUGAAGGAUAUUACUUAUCAGUCUAUUAUUGCAACUACUGAGAAGUCAAAGAGUCGAGAUGAACAGCCAGAGGUGGAGAAGAUAAAACCAGAUGAGAAAAUGGGUUCUGACCUGAAAGAUAUGGAAAUUACCUCAAAAUCUGGCGCAAAGCAACAGCCGGAAAGCAGAAUUUUGUCUGAAGACCUAAAGGUGAGCACUGAUACCGACGAUCAGUCAGCGGGUGUGACCACCAAGGAACCAAAGAUGCUACCUAAACAUCAGUUACUCUCAGUUCUGAUAGAUCCAAAAUAUAUGACAAAAUCACCUGUAGAACCAAAGUCAAACGGCACAACUUUGACUGAAGAUGUGAACGUGAGCCCUGAUGAUGACCAGACGAUGGGUGUAACUACUGAGGAGCCAAAGAGUGAAAAACCAGCUGAAGGUCAGCCUGAGCUGGAGAAAAUCACCUCAGAUGGAAAAAUGGAUCCUGACCUAAAAGAUCUAAAAAUGACCUCAGAAUUUGAUGCAAAGGAACCAGAAAGCAAAUUAUUGUCUAAAGAUUUAACUGUGAGCACCGAUACUGAUGUUCUGUCAGUCAGUGACUCUGCUGGACCAUCAGAUGUUGGUAAAGCCAAUCAGAAAGACCCUGAAGGAGUCAAAAGUCUCCUAAAAAGUCAGAUCGAACGAGCUGCAGGAUUACACUUAGACCAGAGUGACUUGACAGGUUUAUCUCAGGAGGUUUCUAGCAAACAGGAGAGGAAGUCCUUGGCUCAACCUGCUGCUCCUGACCCACAUUCUGAGAAAAGCAAAAGGAAGAAAAACCUGCAGCCACCUGCAGCUGAAAGCUCUGAUGUUUCUGAAUCUUUAACAAACCUGCAGGAACAUCUGGAUUCUCCAGAAACUGCCGCUUUAUCUAAAGAAGAUGCUUCUGUUGAAUCUGAAUCUCUAAAAGUGACUGAAGUGGAUCUGAGCAAUGAGAGGCUAGAAGAUGAAGAAAAGGUUUCCAAGAAUAAAGAAACUCUGUCGACCAAAGAGGAAGCACAGUCCACAGGAAGCAAGUCAUCAUUAUUGCGUCAGGAAUGUCUUGACCGUGACCAGCGAAUCCUAGCGCUGCUCUCCAUGGUCCGACAUGUUGAAGUCCGACUAAAACAGCAGCAGCAACAGCAGCCGGUGGGCCGCAGCCUCGUCACGUUGGACGGCAUCAUCAACCAGACUGAGACGUUGGACCUUGAACUCUCCGACUUGGAGCCUGAGAUAAACAAAGAAGUUGAAGCUGCAGAGCGACUGUUGAAGCCCAGACCGACCGACGUUCCUCCGCAGCUACUGCUGGCCUUGGAGAAAGAUGGGCGGAGCUUAGCCCGAGCUUACGAAGCGGCUCGGUCGCUCUCUGAGAGCGUCCUGCAAAGUCUGCGGAACCACAGAGACUCAUGCAAGGAUGUGGUGGCAGCUGAGCAGAAAUCUUUGGGACAGCAUGUGGACAGGCUGCUGUCCUGGUUGAGUGAGACAGAGGCUCAGAUGGACACGGCGGGGAAGGAUGGGCUCACACAGCAGCUGGAUCUCUGCAAGGAGCUCCAGUCUUCGCUGUCGACUCGCUCCGACGAAAUCAGCAGCCUGGUCUCCAACAUCCAGCUCUUCAUCUCUGAGCGCGCUCAGGACCUGGCCCCCGAGCAGAGCAGGCGGCUCCUGGAGCAGCUGCAGCAGCUGCAGACGGCCUUCCACCACACGACGAGCCGAGCCGAGGCCUGGGCCGGCGCUCUGUCCGCUCAGCGCGGCAGGGAGGAGGAGGAGGAGGACAGAGAGAGGAAAAAAGCGAGGGAGAGAGAGGUGGUGCAGCAGCAGAAAGCAGAGUGCUCUCAGAAACUGGAAGGCCUCAACGCGUGGUUGGCCGGAGCCGCAGGCCUGCUGGCCAAUCAGAGGGCUGGACCGGAGUCAGGUGACGUCAGCGCCCUGCAAGACAGGCAGAAAAAGCUCAAGGAGAUGCACAAGGACCUGCAGGCGAAAGCCGACGGCGUGGCUCAGGCCGUCCGGUCGGUGGAGGAGUUUCUGGCAGAGAAAGGAGACAAUCUGAGCGCAGAGGAGAAGAAGAACCUCCAGGUGGCGCUGGACAGACUGAAGGAGCAGUACGCCGCCCUGACGGACUCGACAAACACGUCGCUGUCAGAACUCGAUGACGCCAUCAGUACGACCGUACAGCAGAACACGCAGAGGGCGAAAGCCGUGGAGGAGCUUCAGGAAACCCAAAGCCAGAUCGACUCCCUGCUCUCCUCUUUCAGCCAGCUGGACCGGAUCGCAGCGCCGCUGGAUGUGAUGGACUAUUCCGUUUCACCACCGGAGGGCGCUGUGGAGUCGCACACGGAGAUGCUGCAGUCGGAGCUGCAGCAGCUCCAGGCUCAGCAGGCGCAGCUGCUGCAGAUCAGCCAAUCGGCUCGCUCCCUGCUGCAGCAGCCCGACUCCACGGUUCCCCCUGAGGAGAAGCAGCGGCUCCGGGCCGCCCUGGACCGGCUGCAGGCCCAGUACCAGGACAGGCUGCACAGCUGUCAGGAGCGUCUGAGGAAAUCUGAGGCUCUGCAGGACGAGCUGACCAAAUUCCUCCAGGAACACGGAAACCUGGGCGCCUGGCUGGAACUAAGUGAACAGGAGCUGCGUUCUUUGGGGGAAGGAGAAACCGACGCGCAGGGCCUGAAGGACAGGCUGGAGGAACACAGAAAGCUGGGUGAAGAUGUAAUCUGCCACAAGGCCGACCUUCGCUUCGUCUCCAUCUCGGGCCAGAAAGUUCUGGACUCUGUUCAGGGCGCUCUGGAGCAAGCUGGAGGUUCUGACCCGGCUCUGGACGGCAUCAAGCGGCUCGUCUCUGACAAGCUGCAGGACGCCAACCACAGAUACACGACGCUGCACACCAAGUUGACAGAGCUGGGCGGCCGGUUGGGGGGCCUGUUGGAGCGGUACCAGCAGUACCAGGACGAGGUGGUGUCCAUUCAUUCCUGGCUCAGCGCUCACGAGCAAAACCAGAGCAUAACCAAGACCAGCGGAGACACGGACCCGCAGAACCUCCAGAACGCCCUGCGGCAGAUUCAGCUGCUGCAGGAUGAGCUGGCCGAGCGCUCGGUCCAGCUGGAGAAAGUGAAGCGAGCAGGAAGAGAUCUGGUCAGCGCCGAUGAAUCUCCGUCUCUGAAAGCCGUUGACAUUCUCUGCACUGCAGACGGGUUGGAGAAGCGGUUUGGCAGCCUGUCUGCGUCGGUGUCGGAGCGGGCCGAGCAGCUGCAGACGGCCGUGGCCCAGUCCGUCAGCGUCCAGGAGGGCCUGAAGGGCCUGCUGGGCUGGCUGGAGCAGCUGGUUCUGAACCCCGGACCGGUCCAGCCCACCGCCCAGGCCGUGCAGGACGCACUGACCCAGAACCAGAAACUUCGUCAGGAGCUUCUCUCCAGGCAGGGCAGCGUGGAAGCAACACGUGACGCCGUCUCCAAGCUCCUGCAGAGCUCUGACGCCUCCGCGGCUCCGGGCCUCCACGGCAGCCUGGACGACCUGACCCGGCGCUUCGCCUCGGCCCAGAGCAGCCAGGCGGAGCGGGAGGCCCAGCUCAAGGGGCUGCUGCCCCGGCUGGAGAGCUACGAGAGGCUGAGCGCCGACCUGCAGGCCUUCACCCAGAGCAGACAGAAGGCCCUGAGUCCCGCCGGACAGCCGGACCGCAGCGUCCACGACUACAGGCAGACCGUCGAGGAGGUGAAAUCUGAGCUGGAGCAGGAGGCGGGUCAGCUGAAAUCCUUCUGUGGCCUCGGCACCGAGCUCAGCCAGUCCAGUGUGCUCGGCGACACCCAGAACCUGCUGGAGAACGUCAAAGAUGUGACUGAUAAGUUCACCAAGCUGGAGGAAAACGUCAACGAAAGGUUUGCUGCCGUCCAGGCCUGUGAGCAGCAGCUCCACCAGUUUCGCAGCCUCUCCGGCUCCCUGGUCCGCUGGCUGCAGACGGCCCAGGACCAGCUGCCCUCCAAGGAGGCCAACCUCAACACCGAGGGUCUGCAGAGGCGCGUCCAGCAGCUGCAGGACUUGCUGAAUGACUGGGAAUCCCAAAGAUCCAGAAUCCAAGACCUAAACAAGACCGGUUCUGAGUUGGAGUCGCUCAUCAUCGACAUCACAGCUCCUCAGACCAAAACUGGAGUUCCUCAGAUCAACGGUUCUGCCGGUCCCAGCAGCGUGAACGGCAUCCACACCUGUAAAGAUCUGACGGAGCUGCAGGUGUCCGUCUCAGACGUGAACGCUCGCUACGACGCUCUGGGCAGCGAGCUAAAGGAGCGUUUGGGCCGCCAGCAGGCCUCUCUGGAGCUGCGGCAGAAGGCCCGGCAGAACACGGAGGAGCUCAGGAGCUGGCUGAGCGACCGAGAGAAAAGCCUGACGCUGGGACAGACGACUUCCCCGUCCAAACCCGAGGUGGCGCGCGCUCAGGCCCAACAAAACAAGGCUCUGCUCUCAGAGCUGGCUGAGCAUUCAGGAAAGGUGGAGGAGCUGAAAAGUACUUUGAGAAAACUAAUCGCAGACAAUCCCGACUCCCCCGAGGCCGAUGGCUGGAGGCAGCAGCUGCAGGAGAUCGACUCCCGCUGGCAGACGGCCAAUCAGACGGCAGCUCAGCGGCAGACGGAGCUGGAGACGUGCGUCGACCGGCUGGGCAGCUUUGCCUCGGCGGCCAAUCAGCUCGGCCCCUGGCUGAGAGAGAAGGAGCUGAUGAUGAGCGUCCUGGGGCCCCUGAGCAUCGACCCCAACAUGCUCAACACGCAGAAGCAGCAAGUCCAGUUUAUGCUACGGGAAUUUGACACGCGGCGGCCCCAGUUUGACCAGUUGACCCAGUCAGCGGAGGGAAUCCUCUCUCAAACCGGGGACUCGGCUCAGGACCCCAAAGACCUGGAGGAGGUCCGGACAGAACUGGGCUCCAUCUCCCAGCAGUGGGAGGAUCUGACCGGCCGGCUGACUCAGAGGUCGAGUCACAUCGAUCAGGCUCAGGGAACCAGUGAAAAAUACCAGGCCUUGCUUAAGGAUCUGUCCUCCAGCAUCGCGUCGCUCAGCGAGAGGCUGGAUGCUCAGGCCUCGCUCAGCGCCCAGCCUGAGGCUUUGAAGCGCCAACUGCAGGAAACUGGAGAGAUCCGGACGGAGCUGGAGCGGCGGCGUGGCGAGCUAUCGGAGGCCGAGAGGCUCUGCGGGGAGCUGAGCGCCAUCGUGGCCGAGCCGUACCUGAAGGAGGAGCUGAGCAAGCGGCUGGAGAGUGUCAGCGCGCCGCUGAGGAGCCUAGAGGAGAGAGCAGCGGACGGCCUGACCCAGCUCCAGGCCGCUCUGUCCUCCACGCAGCAGUUCCAGCAGAUGUUUAAGGAGUUGCGCUCCUGGCUGGACAGGCAGUCGGAUCCCAAACAAUCCCCCUCCGACUCGCUGCCCUGCCGCCCCGAGGCCAUCCGCUCCCUGCUGGCGCAGACCGAGGAGCUGCAGCGCGGCGUCGCCAGCCAGCGGGGCUCCUACGAGCUGAUCCAGGCGGAGGGCGUGUCGCUGCUCGCCACGCUGCCCGCGGACGAGCGCGCCGCUCUGCAGGCCCGCCUGGCUUCACUGAGGCAGGACUGGGAGGGCGUGAACCAACGGAUCGCGGAGCGGGAGACCCGGCUGAAGAACUCGCUGGGCAAAGCAGAGACGUACCAGCAGCACCGGGCCGAGCUCACGCCGUGGCUGGCCGAGUGCGAGCAGAAAGACGGAGAGGUCCGGCCGUCGCUGGACCCGACUGUCCUGGACGAGUCUCUGCAGAAAGCCCGGGCGCUGACGCUGGACCUGGAGAGACGGCAGCCCCUGCUGGAGGCUUUUAAUACUGCAGCUGACCAACUGCUGGAGCAGUGCUGCAUCGGAGAGGAAGAGCUACGAGAUGAGAAGGCGCAGCUGAACCGGCGGGUGGACAGGCUGAGCGAGGACCUCCUGAACCGGACCUCCCAGCUGGAGGAGCUGGCCGGCCGCCUGAAGGAGUUCGAGGACGGCAGACAGGCUGUGGAGAGGAGACUGGAGGCCGCCAAGCAUCAGAUCGAAGUCCAGGAGGCUCUUGGACCUCAGGCAUGUUCCGCUAAAAGCCUGGAGAGACUGAGGAGUCAGCAGGAGAGUCUGCGCUCCCUGCAGCCUCAGGUGGUUUACCUCAAAGAUCUGGCGCAGGGCCUGGUGCAGGACGCACCCCAGACUCCAGGGGGCAGCACUGAGGGAACACGGAGGCUGCAGGAGCAGGCCAAGGACACUGAGAAGGAAUAUGAUGAGGUCACUGAUAAGAUCGAACUCUGCUGCUCCUCCCUGGAGUCGCGCCUGCAGGGCGUCGGCGAAGUCCAGUCUCACGUCCGCGACGUUUUCUCCCGCCUCGCCGACUUGGACGACGAACUGGACUCCCUGAGUCCCGUCGGCCGCGACGCCGACUCCCUGGCGUCGCAGGCGGACGCCGUGAAGAGCUUCCUGUCCCGCCUGUCCGACCUGAGGACGGAGCUGGAGGGACACGCCGCCGAGUGCGCCUCCAUGUUGAGGAGGGAAGGCUCCUCGCCGGACCUGCUGGCUCUGCGCAGGGAGACGGAGGCGUUGAGCCGCCAGGCUGGCAAGCUGAGCGAGCGCGGCCAGGCCAGGCUGGUUCACAUCGAGGAUGCAGCAGAGAGAGUCCAGGACUUCUACCGGCUGGUGGCGGAGCUGCAAGGCAUGCUGGGAAAAGCUGAAGAGGGGCUGAACUCGCAGGGCGCGGUCGGCUCAGAGGUGGAGAUGAUCAAACAGCAGCUGCAGGAGUUCAAGGCUGUGGAGCGUGAGCAGGUGGACGGCAUCCAGCCGAAGCUGCAGCACGUCAACGCCGUCGGUCAGGGCCUGAUCCAGAGCGCCGCCAAGCACACCGACACGCAGGCGCUGGAGCACGACCUGGAGACCACCAACCUGCGCUGGAACUCCCUCAACAAACGGGUUGCAGAACGUAUCGCCCAGCUGCAAGAGGCCCUGUUGCAUUGUGGGAAGUUUCAGGACGCACUGGAGCCUCUGCUCAGCUGGCUGAGCGACACGGAGGAGCUAGUAGCCAAUCAGAGGCCUCCCUCUGCUGAAUACCGCGUCGUGAAGGCUCAGAUUCAGGAGCAAAAGCUGCUGCAGAGGCUGCUAGACGACCGCAGGCCGACCGUGGAGAUGAUCCGCGCGGAAGGCGCCCGGAUCGCAGCCACGGCGGAUUCCCAGGACCGGGAGAAGAUCCGGGUCCAGCUGCAGAGUCUGUCGGAGCGAUGGUCGGACCUGCUGGACAAGGCCGGCGGCAGGCAGCGGCAGCUGGAGGAGCUGCAGGUUCUGGCUCUGCAGUUCCACGAAGCGCUGGAGCCGCUGGGAGAGUGGCUGAGCGCCACCGAGAGACGCCUGAGCUCCGCCGAGCCCAUGGGAACCCAAACGGCCAAGAUCACCCAGCAGAUCGUCAAGCACAAGGCGCUCCAGGAGGACGUUUCCUCCAGAGAGGCUGAGGUUGACCACCUCGAGUCCCUCAGCCAGUCUCUGUCCCCGCUCAGCUGUGCGGCCGAUCGUGAUUGGCUGUGUGAGCGCGUGGGGGCAGUGCGGUCGGGUCACUCCGAGCUCGCCGAUUGGUGCGCUGGGCGGGCGGCGCUGCUGGAUCAGGCGCUGGCCAACGCGCGGCUGUUUGGUGAGGAGGAGGUGGAGGUUCUGAACUGGCUGGCGGAGGUGGCUCAGAGACUGGGUCAGGUCUCGGUCCAGAGCUACCAGCCCCAGCUGCUGGCCGAGCAGCACAAACACAGUCUGGCUCUUAAUGAAGAAAUCCUGAGCAGGAAGAAAACUGUGGAUCAGGCCAUCAAAAACGGACAAGCGUUACUCAAACAGACCACAGGUGAGGAAGUGCUGCUGAUCCAGGAGAAGCUGGACGGGAUCAAGUCCCGUUACGCCGAGAUGACGGCCGGCAGCAGCAAGGCGCUCCGCACGCUGGAGCAGGCCCUGCAGCUGUCCACGCGCUUCGCCGCGGCCCACGAUGACCUCAACCAAUGGCUGGACAGCGUGGAGGCGGAGCUUAGCAACGUGGAGCCUGACGCCUCACCUGCCUACCAGGAGAGACAGAAGGAGCUGAAGAAAGUGUCUGCUGAGAAGCGGCUGGUUCUGGACACGGUGAACGAGGUGGGCAACGCCCUGCUGGAUCUGGUGCCGUGGCGCGCACGCGAAGGCCUGGACCGGCUCGUCGCCGACGCCAACCAGCGGUACCGACACGCCGAUGAAACCAUCACUCAGCGUGUGCAGCUGGUGCAGGCUGCCAUCCAGAGGUCGCAGCAGUAUGAGGAGGCGGUGGACGCAGAGCUGGCCUGGGUCGGGGAGACGGAGCGGAAGUUGGCGUCUCUGGGCCCGCUGAGUCUGGAGCCGGACGUGACCGUGGCCCAGCUGCAGGUGCAGAGGGCCUUCAACAUCGACAUCAUCCGACACAAAGACACCGUCGACCAGCUGCUCAGCGUCCGAGACGAAGUGCUGGAAGCCUGCAGCGACGCCCAGAAGGACGCGCUGAUGGUGAAGACGGAUUCUCUGAGCUCGCGUUACGACACGGUGAGCCAGAGCCACAGCGAGCGGUUCUCUGCUCUGGAGCAGGCUCAGGUUCUGGUGGCUCGGUUCUGGGAGACCCACGAGGAACUGGAUCCGUGGCUGGGCGAGACCGAAGCCCUCAUCACUCAGCUUCCGCCUCCAGCGAUCGACACGGACGCUCUGCGGCUGCAGCAGGACCAGAUGAGGCUGCUCAGGGAGUCGAUCGCAGAGCACAAACCUCACAUCGACAAGCUGCUGAAGAUCGGGCCGCAGCUGGCCGAGCUCAGCCUCCAGGAGGGGGCGACGGUGACGCAGCGCUACACCGAGGCAGAGAGGCGCUACCUGGCCAUCAAAGAGGAGGUCAAAGGUCGCGCCGGAGCGCUGGACGAGGCAGUGUCCCAGUCUGCACAGUUCCACGACAAGAUGGAUCCUCUGCUGGAGACUCUGGAGGCGGCGGUGCAGAGGCUGCGGCAGCCUCCGCCGGUCGCCGCCGAGGUGGAGAAGAUCCGGGAGCAGCUGGCGGAGCACCGCGCUCAGGGGCUGGAGCUGGACAAGCUGCUGCCCAGCUUCUCCGCCCUCUGCUGCCGCGGGGAGGAGCUGAUCAGCCGGGCGGCACACGACGACCCGGCGGCUCAGGCUGUUCGCUCCCGGCUCCUGCGUUUGCGCUCCCUUUGGGACGAGAUCCGGCAGCGAGCCGAGGAGAGAGAGAGCAAGCUGAACGACGUCCUGGACCUCGCCGGGAAGUUCUGGGCCGACGUGGCGGCUCUACUGAGCACGCUCAGAGACUCCCAGGACAUCGUGAGGGAGCUGGAGGACCCCGGGGUGGACCCGUCGCUCAUCAAGCAGCAGAUCGAAGCCGCCGAGGCCAUCAAGGCGGAGACGGACGGCCUGAGGGAGGAGCUGGAGUUCGUCCGGACGCUCGGUGCUGACCUCAUCUUCGCCUGCGGAGAAACUGAGAAACCUGAAGUCAAGAAAACCAUCGAUGAGAUGAACGCUGCCUGGGAGAGUCUGAACCGAACGUGGAGGGAGAGGAUGGAGCGGCUGGAGGAGGCCAUGACCGCCUCAGUUCAGUACCAGGACGCCCUGCAGUCCAUGUUCGACUACCUGGACAACGCCGUGAUCAAGCUGUGCGACAUGUCGACCGUAGGAACCGACCUGGGAACAGUCAAACAGCAGAUAGAGGAGCUCAAGCAGUACAAGGUGGACGUCUACCAGCAGCAGAUCGACAUGGAGAAGCUCUGCCACCAGGGGGAGCUGCUGCUGAAGAAAGUGUCGGACCAGACGGACCGGGACAUGAUCCAGGAGCCGCUGACAGAACUGAGACACCUCUGGGAGAAUCUGGGAGAUAAAAUCACCCAGAGACAGCACAAGCUGGAGGCGGCGCUGCUGGCUCUCGGUCAGUUCCAGCACGCUCUCUCUGAGCUGCAGGCCUGGCUGAGCCACACCCACACCACCCUGGACACGCAGCGGCCCGUCAGCUCCGACCCCAAGGCCAUCGAAAUUGAGCUGGCCAAACACCACGUUUUACGUAACGACGUGCUGUCCCAUCAUGCCACGGUGGAGACUGUGAACAGCGCCGCCGCCGAGCUGCUGGAGUCCUCUCCGGGCGACGAGGCCAGCCACCUGCGGGAUCAGCUGGACCAGCUCCACCGCAGCUGGGAGAGUCUGCUGCUAAAAACCCAGGAGCGGCAGAAGCUGCUGGAGGCCGCCCUGCAGCAGGCUGAAGGUUUCCAUGGAGAGCUGGAGGAGUUCCUGCAAUGGUUGAGGCGGACGGAGAGCCAGCUGUCUGCCGCCAAGCCGACCGGCGGCCUCCCAGAAACAGCCAGAGAGCAGCUUCAGCAGCACAUGGAGCUACAGGCUCAGCUGAACCAGCGGGCAGAACAGUACCACCACCUGCUGGACCAGGGAGAGUCCAUGCUGCUGGCCCGAGGAGGAGAGGAAGCCGGACCCGGAACCACCCAGACCCAGCAGAACCUGGCCAUGCUGCAGAACAAGUGGGCCAGCCUCAACACCAAGAUGGACGACCGCAGGGGGAAGCUGGAGGAAGCCGUUUCCUUGGCAACGGGUUUUCAGACGUCCCUCCAGGACACCAUGAACUGGCUGACGCAGGCCGAACAGACCCUGAACAUGGCCCAGCCGCCCAGCCUCAUUCUGGACACCGUCCUCUUCCAGAUCGAUGAGCACAAGGUGUUUGUGAACGAGGUGAACACCCACAGAGAGCAGGUCCUGGCUCUGGAGAAAGCGGGCUCUCAGCUUCGCUUCGCCAGUCUGAAGCAGGAUGUGGUUCUGAUCAAGAAUCUGCUGCUCAGCGUCCAGGCCCGCUGGGACAAGCUGGUCCAGAGGUCCCUGGACCGGGGCCGACACCUGGAUGAGGCCCGCAAACGAGCCAAGCAGUUCCACGAGGCCUGGAGGAAACUGACGGACUGGCUGGAGGAAGCCGAGAAAAGACUCGACUCGGAGGUGGAGAUCUCCAACGAGCCGGACAAGAUCAAAGUUCAGCUGACCAAACACAAGGAGUUUCAGAAAGCGCUGGGAUCCAAGCAGCCGGUUUACGACACCACAGUGAGGUCAGGGAAGGCCAUGAGGGACAAAGCACAGCUGCCUGCAGACCAGCAGAAACUGGACCACCUGGUGGGGGAAGUCCGGGACAAGUGGGACACCGUCUGCGGGAAGAGCGUUGAAAGGCAACACAAGCUGGAGGAGGCUCUGCUGUUCUCAGGUCAGUUUGCCGAAGCGCUUCAGGCUUUAGUGGACUGGCUGUACCGGGUUGAGCCUCAGCUGGCUGAAGACCAGCCGGUCCACGGCGACAUGGACCUGGUGUCCAACCUCAUGGACGCACACAAGGUUUUCCAGAAAGAACUGGGUAAGCGGACCGGCAGCGUUCAGGCUCUGAAGCGGUCAGCCCGGGACCUGAUGGAGACCGGCCGGGAUGACACGGCGUGGGUCAAAGUUCAGCUGCAGGAGCUCAGCAACCGCUGGGACACAGUGUGUGCUCUGUCCGUCACCAAGCAGACCCGCCUCCAGCAGGCGCUCAAACAGGCUGAGGAGUUCCGCACGGCGGUGCAGAUGCUGCUGGAGUGGCUGUCGGAGGCGGAGCAGACGCUCCGUUUCCGCGGCGUUCUCCCCGAAGAGGCCGAGACGCUGCAGGCGCUGCUGCACACGCACCGCGACUUCAUGGGAACGGUGGAGGAGAAGAGGGCCGACGUGAACAAGGCCGCCGGCAUGGGAGAGGCCAUCCUGACCUUGUGUCACCCCGACUCCAUCACCACCAUCAAACACUGGAUCACCAUCAUCAGGGCGCGCUUCGAGGAGGUGCUGACGUGGGCCAAACAGCACGAGCAGCGGCUGGAGACGGCUCUGACGGAGGUGCUCAACAACGCCAACCUGCUGGAGGAGCUGUUGUCAUGGUUACAGUGGGCCGAGACCACGCUGGUCCAGAGGGACACGGAGCCGCUUCCUCAGGACAUCCCACAGCUGAAAACGCUGAUCACAGAGCACCAGACGUUCAUGGAGGAAAUGACCCAGAAGCAGCCAGACGUGGACAAAGUGACGAAAAGCUACAAAAGGAAACCAGCGGAGCCUCCCAGCAGCCUGGCGGAGAGGAGAGGAGCUCGUAAACACCAGCAGCAGCAGCAGCAGCAGCAGCAGCAGCAGCAGCCCAGCAUGCAGCUCUCAGGGGGAAACCCACGCCUCAACCAGCUCUGUGCGCGCUGGCAGCAGGUGUGGCUGCUGGCUCUGGACCGUCAGCGGAAACUCAACGACGCUCUGGACCGCCAGGAGGAGCUCAAAGAAUUUGCCAACUUUGACUUUGACGUGUGGAGGAAGAAGUACAUGCGCUGGAUGAACCAUAAGAAAUCCCGCGUCAUGGAUUUCUUCCGACGGAUCGACAAGGACCAGGAUGGAAAAAUCACGCGGCAGGAGUUCAUCGACGGCAUCCUGGCCUCCAAAUUCCCCACCAGUAAGCUGGAGAUGUCGGCCGUGGCGGACAUCUUUGAUCGAGACGGAGACGGCUACAUCGACUACUACGAGUUUGUGGCGGCGCUUCACCCCAACAAGGACGCCUACAGGCCAACCACCGACGCCGACAAGAUAGAGGACGAGGUGACCCGCCAGGUGGCCCAGUGUAAGUGCGCCAAGCGGUUCCAGGUGGAGCAGAUCGGAGAAAACAAGUACAGGUUCUUCCUCGGAAACCAGUUCGGCGACUCCCAGCAGCUGCGUCUGGUCAGGAUUCUGCGCAGCACCGUGAUGGUGAGAGUCGGCGGCGGCUGGAUGGCUCUGGACGAGUUCCUGGUCAAGAACGAUCCGUGCAGAGUGAAACAUCCAGGACUUAAGAUUCUCCGCUCCGAUUCCAGUAGCUCCAUCUCAUCUCGUAUAGCUCGAGGUCGCACCAACCUGGAGCUGAGGGAGAAGUUCAUCCUUCCUGAAGGAGCGUCUCAGGGCCUGGCUGCGUUCCGCUCUCGGGGUCGACGCUCCAAACCGGGCUCACGCAACGCUUCGCCAACCCGUUCGUCGUCCUCGGCUUCCCACAGCGGCGCCUCGCUCCCGUCGGCUCCCUCCACACCUGCCACACCGACAGCAUCGGCUUCAUCUAGGUCCUCCCUCACUCACUCGCGUGACUAUGCCAAGCCCUGGCUUGCACACAGUAAAACUCCAACGCCAACCAAGUGCCACUGCUGCCCAGACUUCGGUCACAACCACAGCGCUCCUGGGCACGAGGGGGCGACGUCUGGCUCCAAACUGAAGAGGCCGACGUUCCACUCGAGUCGAGGCUCGCUGACUGGAGAGAACGGAGGAACGGCGCACAGCAGCAAACGCACAGAUCCAAAGCGAGGGGCGGCGACGGCCAGCGGUCCGACCAGCCGCGCUGGCAGCAGAGCGGGCAGCCGGGCCAGCAGUCGCCGUGGCAGCGACGCCUCUGACGCCUCCGAGCUUCAGGACUCUCGCUCCGUCUGCUCCGAUACUUCAGACACGCCACGGCGGCCCGGCAGCGCCGCUAAACCCUCAAAGAUCCCAACUAUAUCAAAGAAGGCUCCCAGCCCCAAGACGCCAGGGUCUGCGAAGAAGUAAACCAGCUGAAGAGUCAAUCGGUGUUCUUGUUCUUAUUAUUCAUCCAGACGGCUGGUGUGAAAAUCCUGCACUAGUGAUGUUUUUCCGAGGAAUGAAGGAGACGGCGAUCUGAGUAAAUCUCACUCUUUCCCAAGUCUUGAAGACAUGCACAAGAGGAGAAGGUCUCUGGACCAGAAUCCGAGGGGUCAGCGAGAACUUCUCCCCCCUUUAAGACCCUGGUUUGCCUUCCAGUCUCCUCUCCUCAAACGUGAUGCUGCCUUACUUUAUGUUACACACAUUGUCGUGAUCACAUGUCCAGCUUUCUAACUGACAGACGCACACUCGGACCCGUAGAACGCGGUGUUGCGCUGCGCGGAUCGGGGCACGCCGCCAACGCCGCAGCUACACAAACAGAAAAAGAAUUGUGGGAGAAUUAUUUUUACUUGUGGUCCAGAUGCCUCAAGGAUGCGUCAACAGAGAAAAUAUGCAACGACUGCCAUGUCUGACGCUUGGCGAGAAAACCGUCACCUCAGCAGCGGCGGAGCUGAGGAAACGCUGUCUGACGCACACACACACUUCCUGUGAGGAUCGGUGGAGGUAGUGACUCCGCCCAACCGCUGGAACGCUCCCGUCUGCCCCAAGCGUGCAUUUCAGCAAAGGGCGGUGUGGUUUCUUUUUCUCCUUUUUUACACAAAAAUCACAAGCUAGCAAUAGAAAGGACUAUUUUUACGGUGACAACUAACAGCACAUUACUGACAAUAUACAACAUGCAUAACCUUAACAUGAUAACAAACGUGUUCACAAGAGUUCGACAACCAGCAUGCACUAAUCCUCUGCCGCUGUGUUGCCCUUACUGACCCUGCUGCACUCACACACUCACACACACAUGCAUUGUGUGUGUGUCUGUUACAGGAAGCAGCAGAGGUCAUUGACUUGAGUCACUGUAUGCAAAAUUUUACUUUGCAAAUGUUUUCUGAUUAAUUUAUGAACCAGUUGGAUUUUUUUUGUUGUUUAGCUUGAAAGACAGAUUUAUUUAUUUUCAGUUUUUUGUCAUAUCACCGUCGGCAGAGAGUGAUUUAGUAUUAUGGUUAAAGAAAUGAUGAAUUUUGUACCAAGAAGAUGCCCACUCCGCUCUUUUUUUUUUUUUUUUUUUGACAUGGUUUGUGUGUAAAAGCGUGUUUCUAUUCUACUAUUGUGACAUGACAUUGCUCAUUGGGGCGCCCUCUAGUGGCAGCCUUGUUGUUAAAUUUUCUUUAUCGCUAACAACUACAUUUUCCUGACCAAAGGGGUUUGCCCUUCAGAUGUAGAGAUGAACCACAGAUAUGAAUGACAAUGUCUCUUCUAGGUUUUUUUUCAAUUGUCUUGUUGCUGACAGGGCCACGUUGUCUAAGUGUUUUCUCAAAUUAAGAGAUGAAGUUUAUGGAAACUAAUGAAAUAACAUCAAGAAGACAUCUUAAGGAUGAUUUUUAUUUAUUUAUUGUCUCUCUGAGGGGGAGUGAUGGGGAAAUGAUUACUCCACCUUUUUGAUGCUGCAGUCCUCUCAGUGUGAUGAAGUCAACAUGGAGGGAGGAGGGGGUGUUACAGGGAGUCACUUGUGUAAAAUUAAAACGAUAAACUAAAAUUAUAAACUUUUUUCUGUUUUUUGUAUUAAAAAGUAUGCUUGCAAUAAAA